AUGCCACCGGAGAACCAGGACUCGCAACACUCGGGCUACAGCCAGAAUGCCUGGAUGGGCGUCCCGAACGGCAUCCCGAACGGCUACUCCAGCCCUCAAACGACCAUCUCACCAAUGCAGGAGUUUCCGCAAUUCGACUACCACCACCACCACACCACGCCGAUACCAUUGGAACCGGCUUAUCCCAUACAACGACCGUCGCCAUUUGCAUCUUCGCACGCACCGAUGCCACCGCCAUUGGUGGUGCCUAACAACAUUUUGUGGCCAAGUAUGUUGGCUAGUCAACCUCAGGCAUCUUACCCGCCGCCAAUCUUGCCUGCUGGGCCACUCCAGACUCCUUUGUCGGCAGGCACAGGUUCUGAUGCAACACCAACCAGUGCCAAAACGAAUUCCUCGCGUCGCAAGUUGACUGACGAGGAACGUCGCCAAAUGUGCAUUGAGGCCGAGCAGAAUCCGAGCAUGAAGCAGACUCAGAUAGGAGCGAAAUUCAACGUGGAGAGGAGCACGGUAUCGAAGAUUCUGCGGCAGCGCGACAAAUACAUGAAUCCGCAGCCGAAAGAGGAGAGUGUCAGCCCGAGCAAGAAGUCCAAGGCCAAACUACCGGACUUUGAGAAGACCCUCACCAACUGGGUCCGGAAUCAACAAAAGAAAGGGCUGCCCAUCUCGGAUGAAGAUCUUCGGAAGCAAGCUCAGGUCUUCUCAUUCAGCAGGAGCGACCAAGCAGUAGUCUCAAGCGCGGACUGGCUUGAGAAGUUCAAACGUAAAAAUCAUCUCAUUGCACACAAGGGUGAUGCAGAUUCGACCUUGGUGGAUUCCAGCUCAACUUCACUGUCGCAAACGCCUCUUGACGGUUCACCCGCGUCGUCCAACGGUCUUGUAUCUCCUCCAAUGUCAGCGAUUGAGGAGCAUGCCGAAGAGCCCAUGAUUAAGAUGGAGAGCCACACGGAAUUUUUCGACUUUGGAGAUGGGAAACCGACGUUCGAAACUCAAACGGAACUUGAUCGUGAGCUGACAUCAGAAUCUAUCAUGUCACCUAUGUCGGUAGAAAUGGUGCGGAAUGACCAGGAUGGCAUGGCCAUGCUGGAAAGCGCGGAUGAUGCAUUGGGGGGAUCUAAUCGUCAAAGAAGCCAGACUUAUCCUCACGCCCCGAAUCUUGGCAAUGCCUCACGCCCCUCUUCAUCUGGGCAGAACCGACCUGCACUUCCUGUGCGCUCACUGACGACGACAACUGUAGCGGCGGCAGCAACAGGAGAGCCUCGACCUACCGCUAUCGACCCCCGGCAGAUGAUGAAACGGCACAAGAGCGUUCCAGACAUCCAUUACCCUGAACAGGUGCGUUUCUCAUCCAUGCAGCCUCCGCCAUUGCCACGGUCUGCAGACACUUCACCAAUUAGCAAUCCAGCCUCACCUGCCGAGGACGAUAUCAUUCGAGCUUUGCAUGCCACCAAAGCGUUGCUGGAACAGAACCCGACGGUAGCAGAACCGGACGAUUACUUGGCGAUUGGGAAAUUGAUACAAAAGAUCAAAGCUCUUCGACCAACUGCACCAGUACUGCCUGGAGGCAUGCACCCAAUCGAUAUCAUGGAUAGUCCUCGCAUUUCCAAAAAGAGGACCAUUCUGGGCAUCUCGACCUAG